AUGGGCAAUCCAAACCUGAAGGAGAAACCGAUGGCUGUGCGAGCGGCAAACAUCAUGGCCGCCAGAGCAGUUGCCGAUGCGAUCAGAACGUCACUCGGACCUCGAGGAAUGGACAAGAUGAUACAGAACGGCAAGGGCAAGACUCUCAUCACCAACGAUGGGCAUACCAUUCUGAAGGAGAUGGCGGUCAUGCACCCGGCGGCCAAGAUGCUGGUAGAUCUGUCUGCUGCUCAGGAUGUUGAAGCCGGAGAUGGAACCACCUCCGUUGUUGUUAUUUGCGGAAGUCUUUUGGGUGCUGCUGAGAAACUGCUCGGAAAGGGCCUCCACCCUACCGUCAUCGCCGAGAGCUUCCAGCGAGCUGCCGCAAAGUCCGUCGAGAUCUUGACGGCCAUGUCCACACCCGUCACGCUUAACGACCGAAACUCGCUCCUGCAAGCCGCCAGCACGUCUCUCUCGAGUAAGAUUGUCUCGCAGUACACCAACCUCCUCGGUCCCAUCGCCGUCGACGCUGUUACGAGAGUCAUCAACCCUGCGACCGCCGAGAAUGUCGACUUGAACGAUAUCCGCAUUGUCAAGAAAGUGGGAGGAACCAUGGAUGAUACCGAGUUGGUAGAUGGCCUGGUCUUGACACAGAAUGCCAUCAAGAGUGCUGGAGGUCCCGUUCGGAUGGAGAAGGCCAGAAUUGGUUUCAUUCAGUUCCAGCUGUCGCCGCCUAAGCCCGACAUGGAGAACCAGAUCGUUGUCAAUGAUUACCGUCAGAUGGACAAGAUUCUCAAGGAGGAGCGGACAUAUCUGCUCAACAUGUGCAAAAAGAUCAAGAAGGCCAAAUGCAACGUGCUUUUCAUCCAGAAGUCGAUUCUCAGAGACGCCGUCAACGACCUAUCCCUACAUUUCCUUUCGAAGCUCAACAUCCUUGCUAUCAAGGACAUCGAGCGUGACGAGGUUGAAUUCAUUUGCAAGAGCACCGGAUGCAAGCCAAUUGCCGAUAUCGAUUCGUUCACAGAGGAUAAGCUUGGUUCGGCAGACCUCGUGGAGGAAGUCAGCUCGUCGGGAGCUCGCGUAGUCAAGGUCACCGGUGUCAAGGGUGCUGGCUCUACGGUGUCGGUGCUCGUCCGAGGUGCCAACUCUCUAAUCCUGGACGAGGCUGACCGGUCUCUCCACGAUGCGCUGUGUGUUAUCCGAUGCUUGGUCAAGAAGAAGGCCCUGAUUGCUGGAGGAGGAGCACCCGAGAUUGAGGUCUCUCGGCAGUUGAUGAAGGAGGCACAGAAGCUUACGGGUACGGAGUCGGUAUGCUGGCAGGCAUUCGCCGAGGCUCUCGAGGUCAUCCCCACGACGCUCGCCGAGAACGCUGGUCUCAACAGCAUCCGUGUCGUAACCGAACUGAGAAACCGCCACGCCAACGGUGAGAUCUCGUGCGGUGUCAGUGUGCGGAAGGGGGCGGUCACCAACAUCAUCGACGAGAAGGUCUUGCAGCCGUUGCUCGUGUCCACCAGCGCUAUUGAGCUGGCGGCUGAGACGGUGAAGAUGAUCUUGAGGAUAGACGAUAUCGCUCUUUCGCGUUAA